CGCGUUUCCACUAAGCGCUGCACUCCGCACAUCCACGCACGCACACGGGACUCGGCCUUGAUCCUCUCGCUGGAUAACACAUUUGAACGUCACAGGUGUGUCAAAGCUUGAGUGGCUGCCAUGAGCGACACACUGGAAUUCAAUGAAAUUUAUCAGGAGGUCAAGGGCACCUGGAAUGAUGGCCGUCUGCGAUUUAGUAAGCAGACAGUGAUAUAUAAAAACAACAAGACUGGAAAAGUGGACACCAUUCCAGUCCCUGAUCUCACUCAGGCCCAGUGGAGGAGAGUCUGUCUGGGUCACGGCAUCAAACUGUCCACCAGCACUGGCCACAUCUACAAAUAUGAUGGCUUUAAAGACACUGACUUGGAGAAGAUCUCGGAGUACUUUAAAGCCAACUACAAAGUGGAGUUGGCAGAGAAAGAUAUGUGUGUGAAGGGCUGGAAUUGGGGUACUGCUAAAUUCAGUGGACCAUUGCUCUCAUUUGAGGUGAGUGACAGUGCUGCAUUUGAGAUUCCACUCUCCAGUGUAUCCCAAUGUGCAACGGGAAAGAAUGAGGUCACAUUGGAGUUUCAUCAGAACGAUGACACAGAGGUCUCCCUCAUGGAGGUACGCUUCUAUGUCCCGCCCACCCCAGGAGACGAGGGUUCUGACCCUGUGGAGGCAUUUGCCCAGAAUGUUCUGUCUAAGGCAGAUGUGAUCCAGGCUACAGGAGAUGCUGUGUGUAUCUUCAGAGAGCUGCAGUGCCUCACACCCAGGGGCAGGUAUGAUAUCCGUAUUUAUCCCACAUUCCUCCAUUUGCACGGUAAGACGUUCGACUACAAGAUCCCUUACACCACCGUGCUCCGCCUCUUUCUGUUACCUCAUAAAGACCAGCGGCAGAUGUUCUUUGUGAUCAGUCUGGACCCGCCCAUUAAACAGGGUCAAACUCGCUAUCAUUUUCUCAUCCUUCUGUUCUCCAAGGAAGAGGACAUCAACCUCACUCUCAACAUGAAUGAGGAGGAGGUGGAGAGACGUUUUGAGGGGAAACUUAAUAAAAACAUGUCUGGCUCUCUCUAUGAGAUGGUCAGCAGAGUCAUGAAGGCCCUGGUCAACAGGAAGAUCACAGUGCCCGGAAAUUUCCAAGGUCAUUCCGGUGCUCAGUGUAUAACAUGUUCAUAUAAGGCCAGUUCAGGUCUGCUGUAUCCUCUGGAGAGAGGGUUCAUCUAUGUGCACAAGCCUCCGGUGCACUUGCGCUUUGAGGAGAUUGCCUGUGUGAACUUUGCCCGUGGCACCACCACCACCCGCUCCUUCGAUUUCGAGAUCGAGACCAAGCAGGGCAGUCAGUACACCUUCAGCAGCAUUGAGAGGGAGGAAUAUGGAAAACUCUUUGACUUUGUCAAUGUUAAAAAGCUCAGUAUCAAGAACAGAGGCUUCAAAGAGGGCAUGAAAGGUAAUGACAACAUGUACAGUGACUCAGAUGAAGACCAGCAUGAUGCAUACCUGGAACGUAUGAAGCAGGAGGGCAAGAUCCGUGAGGAGGGCAAUGACAGUGAUGACUCCGAGGGCGAGAGUGAUGAAUCUUUUAAUCCUGGAGAAGAGGAUGAUGAAAUUGCAGAAGAGUAUGACAGUAAAGCCUCUGCCAGUGAAAGCAGCGCUGAUGAUGGGGACAGUGAUGGGGACCGGAAGAAAAAAACAGCCAAGAAAGCUAAAUUAGUAAAAGAAAGAAAACCUCGUAAGAAAGAGAAAAAGGCAAAGGACAGCAGUGCCCCCAAAAGGCCAAUGAGUGCCUACAUGCUGUGGCUGAACUCGAGCCGAGACCGCAUUAAAUCAGAGAACCCUGGCAUCUCUGUCACAGAAAUCUCCAAAAAGGCUGGAGAAAUGUGGAAACAACUUGGCAAAGAAAAGAAAGAGGAGUGGGAAGGAAAAGCUGAGGAAGCAAAGAAAGAUUAUGAGCGAGCGAUGAGAGAGUAUAAAGAGAGUGGGGGAGGCUUUUCAGGCACCUCAAAAAAGGAGAAGAAGAAGAAAGGAGGGAAGAAUGAAGAAAAGAGGAAGAGGAAGUCAGGUGGUGAAAGGGAGAAAGAGAAGGAGCGAGCAACAGGCAACGACAGCUUUAAGAGCCGAGAGUUCAUAUCCAGCGAGGAGAGCUCAUCAGAGUCCGAGAAGGGCAAGGGACAUAAACGCAAGGGGUCUGAUGAUGAAGAAGAAGAUGUGGCCAGCACACCGCCAAGCUCUGAGGAGUCUGGCUCAGACUGAAAGACAAUAAUAACACAUAAACAGUGAAGGACAACCCUAGUUACAGGGUGUUCCUGAUAGUAUGUAUUACAGCCUAAAAUGUUUAAAUUUCACAAUUUUACUGUGUCAAGACAUUUUAAUACACUUGUAUAUAUAACUCUGGUAGUGUUGAGUAGUGUGUAUUCAAUGUAUAUUGUCCUGUCCUUUUUCAGAUCACUACUUUAUCUGUUUGUACAGAGAUCUUUCACUGUGUUUUCCUCUUUCCAAGGAAUAGAAACCGUGUCUUUAACUCACACACACACACACACACACACACACACUAUAUUGAGCUUAAGAUUUUUGAAACAAAAAAAAGUCAGUACAAAAUAGCUUGUUAAAUUUGUUUUCUCCUUUAAGCAUUUUUAAUUUUUUCUAUCUAAACACAAUAACAUUUGUUUUAUACAAUAUACAAUGUUGUUUAACACACACAAUACUGUAUAUCAGUUUGUUUAUUAAAAUAAAUGUUAAAAACAUCUGUUAAAA